AUGGCAACCGCGUCAAAGGCUGUCAGACCUCACUUUGGCGGCCAAGAGCCCAACUUUCGUGUCGUGACGCUGCUCGAGCCGGCCAAGAAGGAGAUGAUUCUCUACCUGGAAAAGGAACACCAAAAACAGCCCAUUGAUCAUGUCCCGACUCGCUAUGCCCGCAUUGAGGUAAUUGUCAAGGGCAGUCGGGACGAAAAUCAGCUAUUUGAGCUCAUUGUGGAUCUUUGCAGCGACCAAGUCGUCAAGAAGCAGCACCACAAGGGCAAGCACUCCUACAUUGACUCGGGUUAUAUGCAGGCUGUUGAGAAAGCAUGCCUCGCUGAUGAGAGGGUUCAAGCAGAGAUUCUCACACUCAAUUUACCGCCCGAGGCGACCGUGGUUGUUGAAGCCUGGGCGUACGCGACAGAUGGCAUGAACGACAUGGCUGAGCGACUGACCAUGUGUUGGUUUUAUAUGCGCCUUCUAGAUAACCCAGACGCCAAUUACUACGCCUAUCCCCUCGACAUUUGUGCCGAAGUUUCAGAGAAUCUGCAAGUCUGCAAGAUAUACCGCCUGCCUACCAAGCCAAGCGAAAGAAUUAACGACGAAAAGAGGCCAUACGACCGCCGCAAGAUGCAUUCCACAGCCUCGAGCGAGUACCAUCCUGAAUUGCGCCCGACGCCCCGUACCACCACCAAGCCGUACCAGGUCGUCCAGCCCGACGGCCCAUCGUUCCAGGUAGACGGCCAGCACGUCAGCUGGGAGAAAUGGAGCUUCCGAGUCGGCUUCAACUACCGCGAGGGCCUGACGCUGCAUGACACUCGCUAUGACGGCCGCAGCCUCUUCUACCGCCUGUCGCAGAGCGAGAUGUUUGUCCCGUACGGCGACCCUCGCGCGCCGUACGCCCGCAAGGCCGCCUUUGACCUCGGCAACGACGGCGCAGGCAUCAACGCCAACAAUCUUCAGCUGGGGUGCGAUUGCCUCGGCACCAUCAAGUAUUUUAACGCCCACCACAACACGCCUAGUGGCGAGCCCUUGAAGAUGCCGAAUGUCGUGUGCUGUCACGAGCAGGAUGACGGCAUUUUGUGGAAGCACACCAACUUUCGCACCAAGAACCCCGUCGUCGCGCGCUCUCGCAUCUUGGUGCUGCAAACCAUCAUCACGGUCAGCAACUACGAGUACAUCUUUGCGUGGCACUUUGGGCAAGAUGCUUCCAUCGUUUACGAAAUCCGAGCCACGGGCAUACUUUCCACUGUUCCCACAGACCUUGACGUCAGGGAAAAGAUUGCGUACGGCACGGUCGUGGCACCGGGUGUUCUGGCGCCUUACCACCAGCACUUGUUCUGCUUGCGCAUCGAUCCUGCUAUUGAUGGCCAUGCAAACUCCCUUGUGGUGGAAGAGUCUUGCCCUCUCCCGAUAGAUGACCCAUCCAUCCACAACCCAUUCGGCAUCGGAUACAUGACGGAGCAAAAGAUGAUUGAAGAAGAGGGCGGCUUCGACCUCGACUUCACCAAGAACCGUACUUUUAAAUUCGUCAACGAGAAGAAAAUCAACGGCAUUACCGGAACGCCCGUUGGGUUCAAGCUCGUAAGACGGCGAUCACUUUCCGGCGGGCAAGUACACCAUGCAAUCGAAUGGUGGUGA